CCCAUCAACAUUGAAUUAAAUUGACAAAAGCCUAUUGCCCACCAUGGCUGAGGCCGUCGGGCUCGCCGCGAGUAUCAUCGCUAUCGUCGAGCUCUCCGCCAAAGUCGGCAAACUCUGCGUCCAGUAUUCAGCGGCUGUCGGGAAUGCGAGGGCCGACAUUACCCGGCUCCAGAGUCGGCUCAAGGAUUUGAACUUAUGCCUUGAAGCGACUAAGCGGCCUCUCGAAGACCCGAAGAAAUCAAAGCUUGCGACGUCGCAGUCGCUAGUUGAUUCGUUAAAUGCAUGCAAAAGAGAGCUCUCGGAGGUCCAGGAUAGGCUCGACCCUGGGAGCGCGCGCAGGGCCAUGCGUCGAUUUGGUCUCCGCGCGCUCAAGUGGCCCUUCGAUAGUAAAGAAAUCAAUACGGUUGUAUUCAAUCUCGAGCACUACAAGCAGACUAUCACUCUAUGUUUGCAAGUCGAUCAAACCACAAUACUCCUCGACGUGUCGCAGCGGGUGGAGGAUUUGUCACUACAACAACAGCGUAUGGCGUCAGCAUCUCGACCGCCAUGUUUCAAUGUUCCUUUUGAUCGGGAUCAAGACUUCGUUGCACGACCAGAUAUGACCACGUGGCUCAGAGACAAGUUCAGCAGCUCUACUGGCCGAAUGGCCCUUGUAGGCAUGGGAGGGUUCGGUAAAUCACAAGUUGCCAUCAACUUUGCCUAUUCUAUUCAUGACGAGGAUUCUAACGUCAAUGUAUUCUGGGUCCAUGCAAGUUCAAAACCGAGAUUCGAAGAAGCAUACCGUGCGAUAGCACAGAGGAUGAAAUUACCCAAGCGUAACGAGCCAAGUACAGACAUCCUUGCUCUUGUUCGCGACUGGUUACAGAACGAUGAAUCUGGUUCUUGGCUGAUGAUUGUCGAUAAUGCCGACGACGUCAACCUCUUCUACCCCAAAGGCACCGAUGAGCGCCCCCUAGCGUCUUUCUUACCCAAGGCUCAGCAUGGCACCAUCCUCGUCACCUCUCGCAGUCUUGAUGUUACGGAGAGGCUGACAGGUAGUCGGAAGAACAUUUUCCAGAUGUCUACCAUGGACGAGGCUCAAGGCCUGCAUCUUAUCAGAAACAAGCUUGCCGUUGAAUUUGAGCAUGAUGCUACUGUUAAGCUCCUUCAGGCUUUGGAUUACAUUCCUCUCGCAAUCACGCAAGCUGCAGCCUACAUCAACCGUCGUUCACCCCGCGAAUCUGUUGAAACCUACUUGAAAUCAUUCCAAGAGAGUGAUCAGAAGAGGAAAAGCCUUCUAGAGGUCGACCAUGGUGAUUUCCGUAGAGACGAGACCGUUUCGAAUUCGGUGAUCACAACAUGGCAAGUUACAUUCGAGAAGAUCCGUCACGAAAAGCCGUCUGCAGCCAAUCUCUUGUCAUUCAUGAGUCUUUUUGAUCACAAAGGCAUUCCAGAGUUCGCACUUCACUACUACAAUGGGAAGCUUAAGCAUUGGCAAGACAAAGCGUUCGGGUUCGAAGACGAUAUUGACGUGCUUCGCAGCUAUUCUCUCGUUUAUGUGACUACCAAUCGAGACUUUUUCGAAUUGCACGCUACGGUACAGGCCUGCACCAGAGUUUGGACAUCAUCUUCGGGUAAACUGCUACGAUUGAAGAGUCUGUUCAUAUACUCAAUGGUUCACAUUUUCGAUCCCUUCAAGUUUGAGAACUGGCCUACUUGCCAGGUGCUGCUGCCACACUUAGAGUCUGUGAUACAGGAGGAGCUACUAACGGAAGAUGUUGAACCGUGGGCAGAGUUAUUGUAUCGGUGUUCAGAAUAUAUGCUUGAAACUGGUAAGCACAAAGCAGCAGAGGAGAUUGGCAAAAAAGUAAUCGCGAGAGGUUUGCCAAGUCUUGGGGAAGGGCAUAUAAUGAUGUGUAAGUGUUUGAGUAUGUUAGCUACGGCCUAUAUGAGGCAAAACAUUUUGGACGAAGGUGCAAAGAUUCAACUUCAGCUGGUCAACAACUGCGAGCGGAUCUGGGGAGAGGAGCACGAGUUGACCCUCAGCAGUAGGAACAAUCUGGCGCCUUUAUAUAUUCAGCUGGGUCGAUAUGCUCAGGCCGAAGAACUUCUCAUUAGAAUACUGGAAAGGUCAAAAGGGAUCGGGAGAGACAGACAUCCAGACGUUCUCAUAGCGGGGGCUACUUGUGGUAGUAUAUUUGGAGCAACAGGAAUAUGACAAGGCUAGAAAGUUGGGAGUACAAGUGUUCGAGCACAGAAGAUAGUGUCAGGCUCAGAGCACCCAGAUACGCUGAAGUGCAUGAACAUCUUGGCUUGGACAUACUGGGCGAAAGGAGAGCUUGAAGAAGCAAUUCAGCUCCAGACGCAAGUGUUAGAGGCGAGAAAAAGGGUAUUGGGGGAACAUCAUCCGAGGACGUUGGACACUAUGCAACUUGGGGCAACGAUCUUGAAAGAUAUGGGUCAACACGCAAAUGCUCUAUCGCUGAUGCAAGCUUAUGUAGACCUUUGUAGGGAGGUACAUGGAUCUGAGCAUCCAAUAACAAGAUCUGCAGUCAAGAGACUAGAGAGAUGGGAAAGGAAGAUAGGUGGAUCAUCAGGGCAGUGACUGUGUAAACAAAAGAUAUUAAAUAAUGGUCUUUUAACCGAUGUGCGAGAUAUCGUG